AAGCGCGGAGUGAUAUAGUGAGAUGUGAUCGGGUCGGGGCGUCUGGAGUUGUCGAAGUAAGCGAUUGAUUUCCAAACUUUGUGUCUUCAAGUAUUCUGGCCGCUAAUCUUGAUUCGUGAGCAAUUGCCGUCUUCUUAAAAGGGAAGAUAUGGCUUUUUAAGUCGUGCCUUCGUCUCCGUCCUAAUUCGAAAGCGUUCGUGUGCUUUGCUUUCGCAACGCACUUGCUACCACAUCCAACUAUGGGGUCUUCAGGUGUUUGUGUGACACUUUCUUCCAUCCGUUGUGCCAUUUCACAAUUGAAUCGCAGCAGACGAUACAAUGGCGGCAUCGAUCCUACGCAGGAAAAUUCACCUCAUUUCCACAGGCGGGCUCCACGUUCUCCCUCUCCGACAGGCUAGCCCCAGCCAAUCGUGGCCCACAACGGGGGCGGAGCCAGUGGAAAGGCAACGCUUAAUUGGUGAUGGUCACUCUGAUUGGAUGACAGAAAAAGUUGAUUUGUCUUCAUUUGUGUCAACUACUGAGUCGUCUCCCAGCUCGUCCCUUCCACCCUCACCAUUAGAACAAGAUGUCAAGGUGCCCUCAGACCUGGAGGUCAUGACCUCUCUAUUGCAGGAGGAGCUAGCUCAGCUGGAGGACUAUUUCCGCUCCGAGUCCGCAGGCACGGUGAGCAAGUUGGAGAAAUCCUCGAAAUGUGACAAAGGUUCCCAAGCUAUGGGCUCACAGUCUUAUUACCAGUUACCCUAUGGCUCAUAUGGGACCAGCCAAUCAGACACCAGCCCUGUUGUGGUUACCUUGGCAACAGGGGAACUGGACCUGGCCAGUUUCUGUGGCGGUCCCAUGGGCAGAUCAAAAAUCGCUCGACCUGCCCCGUACAACUACCACCACCGUUACCAUCAUAACAGCGGGCGAAGAAUCAUCAGUGAGGCAGUGAAAGUCGGGGAGGAAGUUGGACUCGAUGCGUGGGGCUCCAGGGGAAGUUACUCAGGAAGCACGGAGUUUUCUGUCAACCACUACUCCACGUUGAAGACCGUGAGCAAGAACAGCCUUGCUGGCAUCAAGAAGGUGAGAGAAUGUGCUUUAUCGUUGAAGGAAGAGGAGAGCUACUGUUUUUCCGAAGGAAUGUUUUGCAGUGAAGAGAUUGCCCGAAGUUUUUGCCUCGGCGGCUCCUACGAUAGCCACCACAAGCGAGAGGGACAGCUAAUGCACAACGUGAAGGUUAAUGUAAGUUACGACAGCGCAGGGCUGGAGGUCCUGCACUGUAGCAAAGAUGGAGGACUGUCUGGAAGUAUUCCCCAAGAGGCAAUGAUGGCUGCCGAUGGCUACUUCCACCAAUCUAUGGCUGGCUCAGAGCCAUACCAUAGCUUUAUCGGUGAACUGGACCAGCAGUCGCAAGCUCUGGAGCCCCAGCAUGGCCACUACCUCUAUCCAGAAUGCCUUGCGGACCAAAGUUACGAAUGUCUGUCCAGAGGAGAGGGCGAGGGGACGCUGCUGGGAGCCCCCAUCCACCGCCCGACCCAAAGGCUAAAGGACGAGCCCUGCUCCAUUAAGUCGACGCUGAUGGUCAGUGCGACUUCUUUAGAUUUGAACACUGGGGAGAGGAAGCAGAAGAAGAGAGACCAAAACAAAACUGCUGCUCACAGAAAAAAAAGGGAAAUAAUUAAAGAAGAUGCAUUCACAAGGUACAGGCUGCGGAAAAGGGCAGAGUUGGAUUCUCUGGAAGAGGAGCUUCAUGGGCUAGAAGGGCAGAACAGGGAACUUCGCGACAAGGCGGAGUCGGUGGAACGAGAGAUUCAGUAUGUGAAAGAUUUACUCAUCGAGGUCUACAAGGCUCGCAGUCAGCGGCUCAAACAAGAUGGCAGUGCCUAAAAUGCGGCCGCGCUGACCCCACCUCCACACUCCAAGAGCACAGACAGGUUUUAAUUCUUGUUAAAAUGACCCGGUAGUUGCAUGAUUUUGGUAGUAAUUUUAUAUUAAAAUAUAUUUACUUAAAUGAUGUUCCCAAGAGGAGAGUGCAUAAAAACAUAGAUUCCAUCAAGAAAAACAAAGAUUUCCUUUCCUAAAAAGGGUGAUGAACUCUCCCAAGCCUUAGUUAACGUGGCUUCCAGAAGAGAUGCUGAACUUGUCCGUGACCACUGUGAUCCCAACUGAACUCACGAGCCUUUGUGACCACUUUUGAGUUUUGAGCUCGCCGAUGUAUCAAGAAAGCAAGGUCCUUGAAUUGGUGAAUAGUGAUUGAAUUGCGUGUGGUUUUUGCAACACACAUGAGCAGAAUCAAGCCACAUCCACACUAAAUAAUAUAUAUACAUAUAUACAGUAUAUUUAUUUUGUAUUUUAUUUUUACUCAAUAAUGUUCAUUUACACUAAGGUGAAUUAAGGGAUUGGUGCAAAGCAAACAUGCUCUGCAAUUAUUUAGAAUUGGAAUUGCUCAAUUAUUGUGUAUUUACAUUUCUUCACCCCCUCUGAAAUACCUAAUGCAUGUUUGAUUUUGGAAAAGCAUGUGCGAGUGUUAUUUGAAGGCAUUAUCCUGUUUACUGCAUGGCUUCCAGCUCUCCACCUCAUCAGUUCAACUCUUCUGGUCAAGAUUCUGUUCUCUUCGCCAGUGUGAUUCAUACUCAGGUUUUGGUUUUGGGCUCACAGAGACACCGAAAUAUUCAUUGUCCCAACUAAAUUCCUUAACUUGUUUUAUCUCUUUUUUUUUUUUCGGCUGUACUUUGCGAACAAACAAUCACUGACUAUCAAUGUUGACUCACAAUGAGUGCGACUUCAUGGAAUUCUUAUUGACUGACCAAUUUGUUGUUUUUGAGAAUUCAGGUCCUUUUAUUAAUUAAUGUCAGGAAAUUAUGCAUCAGGUGAAUUACAGCCAAAUAAAGCGGUCAUGUAUCAUUUA